CAAAUAAUUAUGCGAAUAUUUUUUUUUAUGUUUUCGUGCAUAAAUUCAGUUAUUCGUUUAUCAUCAUGAAUUCACAAGUUGUACCAAACGUUCCCGAGAUUAUCGACUUCCCUAGGGAAGAAGAGAAAAUAUUGGAGUAUUGGCGUGAAAUCGAGGCGUUCAAAAAGUCUAUAGCCAUCCGAACACCGGAAAAACCCAGGUUUUCUUUUUACGAUGGUCCUCCAUUCGCUGUUGGAGAACCACAUUACGGUCACCUGCUCGCCGGCACAGUCAAAGAUGUCGUCACUAGAUAUUUCUCUAUGCUUGGCUAUCACGUGGAACGACGUUUCGGUUGGGAUUGUCACGGAUUGCCUGUUGAAAUUGAAGUGGACAAUUUGUUAGGAAUCAAGGGUCCGGAAGAUGUUAAGGCAAUGGGCAUCAGCAAAUACAAUAAAGAGUGCAGGAAAUUGGUCGGACGAUACGCAGACGAAUGGGAAAAUUUGAGUGUACGACUCGGUAGAUGGAUAGAUUUUGAGAAUGAUUACAAAACCAUGUACACGUGGUAUAUGGAAUCUAUUUGGUGGGUGUUCAGCCAAUUAUUCCAAAACGGUAUGAUAUACGAAGGCUUCAAAGUGAUGCCGUAUUCAAACGCCUGUCACACUCCGUUGUCGAAUUUCGAGGCGACACAAAACUACAAAGAUGUGUCCGAUCCGUCUAUUGUGGUUUCAAUGCCGAUUAUCGGCGAUCCAGAUCAAGGGGGACUUCUAAUAUGGACCACGGCACCAUGGACUUUGAUUUCGAAUCUAGCUCUUUGCGUGAAUCCUAGUUUGAUGUACGCGAAAAUCCGUGUAAAAAAAACCAGGAAAGUUUAUAUUAUAAUGCAAAAGCGCGUGACGUUUUGUUUCAAAGAAAGCGAAGUAGAACAUCUGGCGGAGUUUCCGGGGGAAUACUUAAAAAAUGUCUUAUACUGCCCAAUCUUUGACUAUUACAAGCACUUACAAACAAAAGGUGCUUUUCGAGUAGUCACUGAUGAGUACGUAGCUGAAAACUUCGGAACAGGAGUCGUGCAUCUGGCACCGUAUUUCGGAGAGGAAGAUUACAGAAUUUGUUUGGACGCUGAUAUAAUAACGAGGGAACAGGCUCCAGUCGCUCCACUAGACGCAAGUGGCCACUUUAUUAAACCGAUCAGCGAUUUUGAAGGACUAUACAUUAUGGAUGCCAAUAGAAAGAUAAUUGACAAAAUUCAUUCAAAAAAGAGACUUUUAAAACACACAACAAUCAUGCACAGUUAUCCGUUUUGUUGGCGAUCGGAUACCCGCUUAAUAUUUCGGGCUGUGCCUUCAUGGUACGUUCGAGUUGGAAACAUGCGUGAUGAUUUAUUGAAAACGGUUGCCAAAACUCACUGGGUGCCGGGAGUAGUGAAAGAAAAGCGAUUUAAAAAUUGGUUGCGCGAAGCUCGAGACUGGGCGAUCAGUAGGAACAGAUAUUGGGGCACACCCAUACCGAUCUGGCGAAACGAAAACGAAAUCUUGUGCGUCGGCAGCAUCGCCGAUCUCGAGAAAAUGACAGGUGUUAAAAUAAAGGAUAUACAUAGAGAAUACAUCGAUCAAUUGGAAAUACCAAGUAAGACUCCUGGUAAUCCUCCUUUGAAACGUAUUCCUGAAGUUUUUGACUGUUGGUUCGAAUCUGGCUGCAUGCCCUACGCACAAGAUCAUUAUCCAUUUGCCGAAGAGAAUAAAUUUCCACAACAGUUCCCCGCAGACUUUAUAGCAGAGGGAAUUGAUCAAACUAGAGGAUGGUUCUACACACUUCUGGUAGUAUCUACAGCUUUAAUGAGCUGUGCACCAUUUAGAAACGUUAUUACUCACGGGUUAAUGUUGGCCCGAGAUGGUCAGAAAAUGUCAAAGCGCAAGAAAAAUUAUCCGGAUCCGAUGAACAUCAUCGCAAAGUACGGAGCCGACUCCCUAAGACUGUAUUUAGUCAACUCACCAGCACUUCGAGGUGAAAAUUUGAAAUUCAAAGAGGAAGAGGUGAGAGAUGUCAUCAAGGAUUUCAUGCUGCCUUGGUACAACGCAUUCAGGUUUUUGAUGCAGAACAUCGACAAUUAUGUGAAAACCAACGAAAGAGAAUUCUAUUACCAAGAAAAAGAUCUUAAUUCCUCCAAUAUAAUGGACCAAUGGAUUCUGUCGUGCACUAACUCGUUAAUUAAGUCCUUUAGAGAAGAAAUGGGUACAUAUCACAUUUGCACCGUCGUACCCAAGAUGAUAAAAUUCAUGCACAAUUUAACAAAUUGGUAUAUUCGCAUGAACAGGCCUCGACUUAAAGGUGAAACCAACGUAGGACAAACGAAACAAGCCUUGCGUACACUUUUCGGUGUUAUUUACAAUUUCGUAAUAUUAAUGGCCCCGUUUACGCCAUUUUUAUCAGAGUACAUGUUCCAAGUUCUGAAGAAGUUAACUUACAAUACGUGUGAAAGUGUCCAUCACAUAUCCACGCCAUUAGUUAAUAAACAGUUGAUAGACAAAUCAAUUGAAAAGGCCGUGGUUCACAUGCAAAGUGUUAUCGAAUUGGGCAGGACAAUUCGUGAGAAGAAUCAAAUUCAGGUGAAACAUCCCCUGCAAGAAAUCAUCGUGGUACACGAAAGUUCCGCUUUUUUAAAGGAUAUUAGUAUUUUGCAAACGUACAUUUUAUCCGAAAUCAACGUCAAAAAGAUAACCAUGAGUAGAGACACAUUGAAAUACGGAGCAACAAUAAAGGCAAGACCGUCGUAUAUUUCAUUAGGUAGCAGACUGAAAAACGAUAUGCAAAUGGUGGGUGAUCAAAUAACAAACCUGACUGUAGAAAAAAUCAAUGAACUUACGUUACGUGGGGAAAUUGAAAUUGGUGGACAUAUAAUUAAGAAAACGGACAUUCAUUUAGAUGUUAAUUUUAGAUACAACAGCGAUCGGUACGUUGGAAAUACGGAUAAUAAUGUGUUGGUGCUAAUUGACUUGUCCCAUAAUCAAGAACUUCAAGAUGAAGGCACCUCCAGGGAAAUCGUGAACAGAAUACAAAAGAUGCGUAAGAAAGCUCAAUUAAAUCCCACAGAUGUGAUCAGUGUGUUUUACAAAACAAGCGGAGAUUUGGAAAGAGUCUGCAAGGAGUAUGAAAAGUAUAUAGAAAAAUCGAUAAGAGCUUCAUUCAGGGAUAUCACCUUAAUGGGACCCACUGAUACAAUCAUUAUAAACGAAGAUGUUCAAGUGCACGGCAAUAAAUUAUCUAUAAUUGUGACGAAAUAUGCGAAUAUUGUAAUACCCGUGGUCAGAUGGGCCAAUCUAGAACUGGUAAAUAUUGAAUCAAUUCAUUUUGAUGGAUCGAAUAAGGGAUUAAUUCUGAUGGAAGUUGGCGGCGUUCCGAUUGGUCUGGAGCAUAUAAGAGAAUUAAUAUUCACACUUUUUGGAAUACAGGAAUUCGACUUGUGGACCGAAAAUAGAAAACUGGAGUGUGAUUACGAUCUUAUGGAAAUUAACGGCGACACAAUUUUCAUUACACCUAUAAAUGUAAGGUGCAAUUUACCUAUGCCUACCAAACAACCAUACUGCAAGGUUAUUAACUUUGAAAAGAAUUCAGUAGCAGGUACAGUUAUAAUUGAGAAUCCACAAGGGAGUCCAAUAUUGUCAGAACACGAAAUUGUUCUGUUAAUUGAACAACACAUACAGCUUGUCAACAAUAUUGAAUGAAUAAAUUACUAUUUACAA